CACAUAAACACCCAUCUUUCAUAUUUAGCUAUCUAUCUAUUUAUCUAUCUAUCUGUGUGUCCAUCAACAAGUGUAAUAGAAAUAGAGAGAGAUGAGUGAGAAGUACUGUAGCGGUAGCAAAGUUUGCGUGACGGGAGGCGGCGGUUACAUAGCUUCUUCUCUGGUGAAGAAGCUUUUGAGCCAAGGCUUUACCGUUCAUGCAACCCUAAGGAAUUUGGAUGAUGAGUGGAAGGUUGAGAUGUUAAAGAGGUUUGAGGGGGCAGAGACAAGGCUGAAGCUAUUCAAGGCUGACGUGUACCGGGCAGAGGAAUUCGAGGCCGCCAUUCAGGGCUGCAACUUCGUGUUCCACGUUGCCACGCCACUGCUCCACACUCAAGGUCAGAAGCACAAGAACAGAGUGGAUGCUACGGUCGAUGCUGUUCGUAGCAUCGCAAAGGCUUGCAUCAGGUCCGGAACGGUGAGACGACUCAUCUACACGGCCUCGGUAAUGGCUGCUUCACCGAUUCGGUCCAAGGACGACGGGAGUCACGAGUUCAAGGAUGUAAUGGAUGAAAGCUGUUGGACACCAACUGCUAACAACAUUCUGCACUCCAUUCCCCAUGGAAUGGAAUUUACUCUGGAUUACACUAUGGCAAAAACAUUGGCGGAAAAGGAGCUCCUGGGCAGCUUGGGCGACAGCGGCAUGGAGGUGGUAACGCUUGCCUGUGGUCUCGUAGGCGGGGAUGGAGAUACGCUUCAACCACAUUUGUCGGGAAGCAUGAACACGCUAUUGGCGCAACUCACCAACGAUGAAGUGUUUAUCACCUUCCUCAAGUUCAUGGAAGAGCUGCUCGCGAAGAUCCCCAUAGUCCACAUUGAGGAUGUGGUCAAUGCCCACAUCUUCUGCUUGAACCAGGCUUCCAUGAAAGGUCGAUUUUUGUGCGCCAACGGUUACAUCUCAAUUACGGAGAUUGCUAAAUACUACCACAACAAGUAUCCUGAAUUCAACGUGAGGAACGGGCAUUUGGAAGGGGGCCGUGAGUAUGGAACUAAGUGGGGAUCUACUCUGCUUCUCGAUGAGGGCUUCAAAUACGCACAUGGCUGGGAAACGGUUUUGGAUGAUUCCGUCAGUUGCGCCAUCUCUAGGAAUGUUCAACUCGGCGCUGUUGCCGUUGAAAAUGUUGAAAAUGUUUAGUUCAAAUGGUUGAGUCAUCUCUUUGGCAGCGUAACUGUGUCCAUGUGUGGGUAAAAUAAAAAACUUGGUGCUAUUGUCAAACAAGGUUAAUUAAUUCAUAUGCAUACAAUACAAUUCUUGGUAUAUAAGCAAUUAUUUUUCAGUGUUAUGAUUGAAAUUUAA